AUGCAAUAAUUAUUGAAAGAAGGAGGGAACAGAAAUCCUAAAUAAAAUUAAUUUGAAUGGAGAUCUAUUACUCCUGAAAGAGAAUUUGGUUAAAUGUUAUAAGGUAAACCUUUAAUAACAGAACCAAAUGAAAAUAAAUAAACAGCUAAAUCAAUGAGUUAAGAAAAUAAUAUCAAUAAUCAUGAUUUCUAAUCAAAACAUACUAAUUUAAAUAAGUUAUUAAUACCUGAAAGUUAGUAAUAGAAAUUUUAAAGACCUUUAAAUUACAUGUAAACAUCAUUAAAGAAAAUGUCAGAAAUUGGUUAACAAAUUAAUUCAAUCUUACAAAAAUUCAAAUAAAAUAGGAUUCAUCGACCUCAAUCAGAUUUAAAUAUGUUUGAUAAGCAUUCUAUGAUGAAAAAAACUAGUUAAAAUGACAUUAGUCUAUCAACUAAUUUGAAUUUGAAUCAUAGUUAUAUUGAUAAUCGAGGUACUGAAACUGAAAGAUCAUAUUUUUAAUACAAAAAUCAUAAAGAUAAUGGAAAAUAACUUAAUAAGGAUUCAAAAGAAUAUCAAUUCCUAUUUUAAAACAGUAAUAAUUAAUUUUAAACGAAUUCUUUAAAAAAAAUUAUAGAAAAAAAAAUAGCUUUAGCUAUGUAGACAAAUACAAAUAAUAAUUUAUAUAAUGAUUACAAAAAAUAAAUUAAUAAAGAAUCUAAAUAAGAUAGAUCUUAUAAUAUCUAAAAAUAUAUUACAAAUAAAUUCUUAAGAAAUUCAUCAUGUUUAUAACCAAAUGAAAAAAGUGAUAGAAAGAAUAAAUAAAUGUCUAGUUAUUUUUCAUAAAAUCAUUAUUCUAAAAGUUAAUCCUCAUUCUUAAUUGAGAGAGAAAAUAGCAAAUCAGAAAAUACAACUAGUAGAAAUAAUAGAAUUAGAGUAUCUAGUUAUAUUAAAACACCUACUAAAAAUAAUAGUGAUCUAAUUAAACAAUUUAGUCCUAGAUUUAUUUCUUAAUAAUUAUCUUCAUAUUAAGUUAGUUCUAGUAAAAUUAAUUCUUUAUUGUCAUCCAUGAAUAAAGAUAUAGAAAAAAUAAAAACACAUAAUAAUAUUUAAAAUUUAAAUAUUUAUCAUAUAUAGGCAAUACCACUAUUUUUAAGUAAUGAUCCUAAUUAAACUCAUGUAAUUGUUGCAUGUUCUGAUUUAUCAGUACGCGCAAUCAAUUUAUAUUCAGGUAGAAUAUAAGUAUUGGGUAAACAUUAUAAACCAAUUAAAUCUAUUACUAAAAUUGUAAUUUAACAUAAUUUUAAAACAUUUUAUUCUUGCUCAUUAGAUAAUUAAGUAAUUUAAUGGGUAAGUGAAUCAAUGCAUGGCACCUAUAGAUUGAAACAUUCUUGGAGGAUGGAUGAAGUCCCAUUAUAACUCUAUUAAACUGAAAAAGGAGUACUAUAUAUUGUAACAGCUAAUUAUAUUUUCUAUUUUUCUUCUGUAACAAAAAAAUAAAUUUCAUAUCAUGGAGUAUUUAAUUGUAUGAUUUAAACAUCCAAUAAUAUUUUGGUUGCUAUUGAUAAUUUCAUAUACAAAUUAUAAGCUGAUACUCUCUAAUUAGUUUGUACUUCAAAAAAGCCUAUAAAAAAUAUGAUAUAUGAAGAAGGCUUACUUUAUGUACUUUAAAGAGAUGGAGCAUUAUUAAUUUAUGAAGAAGCAAAACAUUUAAAGUUUAAUUCAGAAAUAGAUAUAGGAGCUAUGAAUAUCUAUAGCAUGCAAAAUGGUUAAAUUAUUAUCUAAACAAAUGAUAGUGAAUUUAUUGUUUAUUCUUAACAAAUAAGUAAAUCAUAUCAGAUAGAUGGUAAAAUAAAAUGUCUAUUAGCAUUAUAAUAAAUGUUAUUAAUAGGAAGUAAUAAGAAAUUGAUUGAAACACUUAAAUUUUGA